AUGCCGAGCGAGCCGCAGGUCAAUUUGCUGAUUAAACCGCCCGCAAAUCGAUCGAGCAAGAUGGACAGGUGCGACUUCCUGAGGGCGUCGAGCGUAAUCCACGCGGCCCAAAAGUACAUGGGCAUGAACGACUACUACCUCCGAAGAGAGUCGGGAGAACUGAAGAGGUACGGCGCGUGUGGCCCGUACAAAAUCUACCACUACUCGCUCAUCGCGAUCCUUUGCGUCGCCCAACUGCUCGCCGAGUUCCUGCUGAAGCCGCCGACGCCUAGGAGCGUGCUGCAGCGCGUCGUCUUCGACUAUCGCGCUUACUCCGAGCUCGUCGCCGUAAUCGGAAUGGCUGCGAACAAGGCGAUGCAUGCUAAUCGGGAGAUUCGUUGCGUGGAGGCGAUUUGCGGGUUCGACGAGGAGAUGGCGCUGAUUGGCUUUCCGGUGGAUACGUCCGAAGUGCGCCGGUUUAACUUCGCGUACCUUUCCGCGCUGUUCUCCAUGCUGGCGUUGGAGUUCCUCGGUGCUUUCGCGUUGAAGAGAAACGACCCCGGCUUUCUGAUGAUGCACUCGGUGUUUCUGACGAAGAACGUCUUCAAGUACAUGUUCGCCGUCUCCUUCCGGCACUGGAUGCUAUCGGUGGCUUAUCGCUUUCAGGCGAUCGGUAAGUCUCUGACCGUUGUAGCGGACCGGAGCUCAUUGAAGCUGUACAAGAUUCGAUCAGUGGCCAAGCUGCACGUGGAGCUAUGCGAGAUACUCGACACCCUGCAGCGCUCCAAAUUGCUCACCGCCCUGCUCUUGCUGGUAGUGAAUUGGAUAACGGUUGUAAUCGAAUUUUACCACAUGGCGAUAUCGUUGUACCAAUGGGACCGUUUCGGACUGUCCAUGAUGCCGUUCACCUGCUACGCGAUACUUUUGCAUUCGAUCGACAGCACUUUCAUCGUAAUUUGCUGCGGCCAAAUUCGAACCAAGGCGAAUCUUCUAAAGAGGCCGCUUCUGCAGCUGAUGACCAACGAACGCGAUGAGCACAUCCGGAAAGAGAUUAACGCGUUCGGGCUGCAACUGCUGCACCACGACGUGAAAGUGACCGCAGGAAAGUUCUUCACGAUCGACACUCCGCUGAUCUUCGCGAUGGUUGCAGCCGGAUGCACGUAUCUCGUUAUUCUGGUACAGUUCGAGCUGGCGUUUGCGUGA